CUGGGCAUGUUUGACUAGCAGGACUGGAGAACUUCGCCCGGCACAUUUUGGGACUUGCUAUCAGGAGUUUUUUGUAGGGCGAAGGGUGAAUGGAUUCUGCUUGUUUUACCAGAGCGCAGCGUCUUUCCUGUAAAAUGAUGAAUCCGGAUUUGUUCAAGCCGUCCCCGGACCGGCCUCAAGCGGCUCAACCGGCAGCCAAACCGAACCGGAAUAAAUCGGAACACGUUAAGACGGAGCUCGCGCAGGUGGUGGUCGACGCGAAGACGGGACGAUCGUACUGUAAAGGAAAGCUUUUGGGAAAGGGUGGGUUUGCACGAUGCUAUGAAAUGACGGACCUCGCCAGCAACAAGAUGUACGCAGUCAAGGUUAUUCCACAAAGCAGGGUUUCAAAGCCACACCAGAGAGAGAAGAUCAUAAAUGAAAUCGAUCUUCAUAAAAGCCUCCAACACAAGCACGUGGUGAAGUUUUCGCAUCAUUUCGAGGACCAAGACAACAUUUACAUCUUCCUCGAACUCUGCAGCAGAAAGUCUCUGGCACACAUUUGGAAGGCGAGGCAUACGUUGACAGAUCCCGAAGUCCGUUACUACCUCAGACAGAUCAUAUCGUCUCUCAAAUACCUCCACAACAAAGGCAUCCUCCACAGAGACCUCAAACUAGGUAACUUUUUUGUGAACGAAAACAUGGAGUUGAGAUUAGGAGACUUCGGGCUGGCAGCGAAGCUGGAGACCGUCGAACUGAGGAAGAAAACUAUCUGUGGUACUCCAAACUACCUGGCACCAGAGGUCUUAAACCGACAGGGCCAUGGGACGGAGUCGGACAUUUGGUCACUAGGCUGCGUAAUGUACACGCUGCUGUGUGGAAAUCCACCAUUUGAAACCUUAGACUUGAAAGAGACCUACAAAUGUAUUAAGGAUGUGAAAUACAGCCUUCCACAAUCCCUCACUCCAGCCGCACAAAAGCUGAUUUCCUCCAUCCUGCAGAAAAACCCGUCCGACCGCCUCACUCUGGACCAGAUACUGGCUCACGAGUACUUCACCAAGGGCUUCACUCCAGAAAAACUCCCUCCGAGCAGCUGCGUGAUGGCUCCCGAGCUAAACCCGCCCAGCCCUGCCAAGAAAUUCUUCACUAAGAUGGCCAAGAGCCUCUUCGGCAAGAAGAAAUCUAAAGCGAUCGAGAAGACUCUUGCUGAGGAGAAGGACGAAAUCUCAAAGCUGGUGUCGGGCAUUGUGAAGCACUCCAUUGGUCGCCAGAUGAGCUACAAGACUAUGGGGGUGAAUGAGGCCACGUCCCCCACAGUUCAGUUGCCGAGCUCUGGUCCUCUAGACACCCCAGCCGAGGAGGAAUCCAGGAAGUCUGCGUCUCGCUCCUUCAAAGGCACCGUCGCCAGCAGCACUGAUGCAUGUGACGAUACCCCGAUCCCUGCUGCCGUGGCCGACUCGGCCAUGAAAGUUCUCAACAGCUGCUUGUCUUCCAUGCCGACAGCUUCAAGAAACCCGCCGUGUCUCUCCAAACCCAAGCCCUUCAUCUGGGUAACCAAGUGGGUGGACUACUCCAACAAAUACGGCUUCGGUUACCAGCUCUCCAAUCAAAACGUUGGCGUCCUCUUCAACGAAGGCACUCAUCUGAGCUUGUGCGACCAGCGCAGAACUGUACGUUAUUGUCUGACCAACAACAAACACUUCACCUUCCCGGCUGACGCCUUACCAGAGAAGCUCCAGAAUCAGAAACACAUAGUGGAUUUGAUGGCAAACUACAUGGAGCAGAACCUGAUGGAGGGUGGAGACGUCAACUGUGAAGACCAGGCACCUCCAAGCUCUUCCCCAUUGCUGUUGCAGUGGAUUAAGACUGACCAUGCCUUAGUCAUGCUCUUCGACAACCGAACCCUACAGGUUAAUUUUUACACGGAUCAUACGAAGAUCAUCUUAAGCAAGACCUCAGACUCCUCAUACCUGCUGACGUUUAUUAGCAAGGAGCGUGCCUCGUACUCCUACCCUCUGAGCGUGCUCUCCGAAUGGGGCUGCUCCACAGAGCUCCGUCAGCGGCUUCAUUACGUGGUACAGCUUCUCCAGCACUACACCACCGUGUAACGGACCCACCGUUCCGCUUCGUAUUUCGAUUUGCUGCUUACCGCUUCAUUUUCGGAAGCAAAAAGGACUGAAAAGAUUUAAUCGGGGGAAGCUUCCACAUUGCCACGAAGAUCUCCCGUCAGCUGGCCUCUUUGAACUACGGUGCACUGUUUUUCUUUUAUUUUCAGUUUUCGCGACUGAGCCCACACUGACAGUAUCACACUACCAGCUUGACUCACAGUGUGCACGACCAAAAUUUGAGCCUGUUGUUUUUCGUUUUUAGCUGGACUGAAGUGCAGACGGCAUAAAUCUCACAGGGUUCUUAAGCGACUGGCUUUGCUCGAGUGUCCCGACACCUUGGCUUUUAUGAAAAAAAAGACAUUUUAUUUCACUAAGUAGUACACGGAUAAGAGCUACGAACACCAAAAUGUUCUUUUUAAAGAGAUUUAAAGAAGGCAGAGGUGAAUGGCUGAGGUCGGCUGUUGGACGAACUGUAAUUCACAGAGGAGCGGUUUGGAGGAGUGAAUAAAGUGCCUUUCCGAUGGAUUCCUCUGUGCAAUAAUGGCCCUUCUGAAUCUCAAGCUGAUGUCACAAAGGAAACGAGAGUGGCUGAAGUCUUCAGAAUCGGUUGCUAUUAGGUUUUCCAAGCAAACUGGGGAGAUGAAAACACUACAAAUACACACCCGAUAUAAGCUUUUUGCUCUUAAAAGUGAUUAUAUCCUAAAUGUAUGUACUUGAGGAAAAAAGACUAUGUAUUCAGUGUGCCUCCAGCUGUGUUUACUUUACACGCUCCAUCAUAAGUAAUCAUAAUGUCCUCGAAACUGUGACCUGGCUGUAAGUGUUAAAUAAGUAUUCAAAAUGCCAACAUUGUGAAAGCCAUUACCCUCUCGGACAGUCUAACUAGUAUUAUUCUAAUUAAUUGUGGCACGUGUUCUAUUUAUUUUUUUAUUUAUUGAUGUAACAUAAUUGUGGUGACAACACUGGGAAAUGUUCAGUAUGAUCACUUUUUAUGUCAUGGGAGAUUGUGGGGAAUAAAGUUUAUUGAAAAUAUAAA